AUGGCUCAAAUUAGAGCCAUUGCAUUUGAGCUCAAGCCUGAAGUUAUAUGCAUUACGGAAUCGUGGAUGCAUCCGGUAAUUCCUGAUGCUUUCCUUAGAAUAGAUGAGUGUGGUGUCUACCGUCAAGACCGCACUAGUGAGCGUGGCGGUGGAAGUCUUCUCUAUAUCAAAGGUAUUUUCAAGCAUUUCACGUUCGAUCUGAAUGCCGCUUCAUUCUCUGAUAAUUACUGCUUUGCAUCCAUAAUCCUGUCGCCCCGACAAAAGAUGAUUCUCGGAUGCAUCUACAAUCCCCCUAUCAUCCCCUAA